AUGAAGGAUGAUGAUUCUCUUCCAACGACAACAGCACCAAGCUUGAAAAAGGAAGUCUCCGAUUCUGGUCUAUUCGGCAAAGGCCGUUACAAGUUUUGGGCUUUAGCAGCAAUUUUAUUAUUAGCAUUCUGGUCAAUGCUCACCGGAACCGUCACUCUACGGUGGUCCGCCGGCAAUCUCAACGGCCUCGUCGACGACAUCGACACUCCCAUUCGCGACGAUCUCGACGUCCUAGAAAUGGAGGAGAGAGAGAAAGUAGUAAAGCAUAUGUGGGAUAUAUAUACGAAUAGCCGUCGGAUCAGAUUACCUAAAUUUUGGCAAGAGGCAUUUGAGGCUGCUUAUGAAGAGUUGACUAGUGAUGCACCUGAUGUUAAAGAGGCUGCCAUUUCUGAGAUCGCUAAGAUGUCUAUUCGGUCUAUUGAUCUUGAUCCGCUUCCGGUUCAAUCUACGAGAGCUCGAGAAUUAAGUAAGAGUCUGAAGCUAGCUGCAGUGACUUCAAUAAAAGGGAGUGGCCAAUGA